UCAUUGCAUGAUGGAAAAGAGAUAGGAGGAAAAUGAUGCGGAGGAGGGGUUUAUCAAGGGAGUCCAAAAAAGAUGAUGAGAGAGUGAGGGAGACAGAGAGAGAGUAGAUGGGGGAGAGGGAGAUUAAGAGGGAGCGAGAGAGAGAUGUGGCAAGAACGCAGUGAUCUUUCGCUGGCUGUGAACCCAUCUCAAACCUGAGGACCUAACUCAGUGCUAACUGGAGCGGAAAAAGUGACCAUGCCAUAGCCUGCUACUGCACUCCACCUCGACCACAUCCACGCAGGUCUCUCUGAACCCCAGGACUCCACAGAGAAGAUGUCCUCAGCAAAGCAUGGCGUUCACAUGAUCACAACUGGGAAGUAUAAAGCUAAAGGGGAAAACAAUCGGACGACACAAAAAAGACCACUCUUUUGAUGAGCACAGCGGAGCUCACCCUGGGGAUGGACGUCAUGGAGGUGAAGGAUGAGUGGCAGGACGAGGACUUCCCCAGACCACUGCCAGAAGAUGGCGACGUUGAGUCAUCAUACGGCCUCACUGACCACAGAACAAACCCCCCCAGCUCCCUGAAGCUGGGGGACUCCGCUGGGCAGGGCAAGCGGCGCACCCUGGUGGCGCCCCACAUGAAGCUAUCCCUGGACCCCAGCGAGGCGUCCCUGGACGACCUGGACGUGGACGCCAUGGAAACGCCCAACGACACCGAUUCGCUGGACAACAGCAACGGCAACGACCUGGAGUGGGAGGACGACACCCCCGUGGCCACGGCCAAGCGGCUCCCAGGGGACAGUGACGGGGAGGAGGAGAGGGACGCCAGCGGGCGGCUGUGGAGGUCCGUGGUCAUCGGGGACCAGGAGCACAGGAUAGACAUGCAGACCAUCAGACCCUACCUGAGGGUGGUCACCCACGGAGGUUACUAUGGUGAGGGUCUGAAUGCCAUCAUAGUGUUUGCAGCCUGCUAUCUUCCUGAGAGCAGCUGUGAGGACUACACCUACAUCAUGGAGAACCUCUUUCUCUACGUCAUCAGCAGCCUGGAGCUGCUGGUGGCCGAGGACUACAUGAUCAUCUACCUGAAUGGAGCCACUCCCCGCCGCAAGAUGCCCGGGAUCAGCUGGUUCAGGAAGUGCUACCAGAUGAUUGACAGGAGGUUACGGAAGAACCUCAAGUGUCUGAUCAUCGCCCACCCGUCCUGGUUCAUCCGCACGGUCCUCGCCAUCUCCAGACCCUUCGUCAGUGUGAAGUUCAUGGAUAAGAUUCGUUAUGUCUAUAGCCUGGACGAGCUCAGCCAGAUCGUCCCCAUGGUGCACGUCCAGAUCCCAGAGUGUGUGCUGCAGUAUGAUGACGAGAAGCUCAGAGUGCAGAAGGAGAGGACUGAACAAGAACAGCCGCAAGUCAACUCAGAAGCAGACAAAGAAAGGCCCAGCUCCACCGUGGGGCACAUUGACCCUGACCUUUGACAGUGAGGUGCACAUAGUUUGAUCAGACUUCAUCUGCUGUGAAAUGUCCUCCUUCCGAUAACACAAACUCUUGACAUUUGGGGAAAUGUUCUACAUGGAUCUCGGUUAUAAACACAUGUUAACGGUGAGGAAUAGGCAUCAUUUGAAUUGGUUCCAGACAUUCUUUAAAUGAUUUUAUUAAAAUCAACGUUAAGUCGAGCCGAAACAAGUAUACACGCAGUUGAUUUACCGACAAUUCAUCUCAAACAUUGUCGUUUAUUAUGAAGUCAGUGAAAAAACAUUGUUACACCAUACUUGGGCAAAGGGAUAUUUUUGCCCAAGUCCCAAGAAGAACCUCUUCCUCUGCUUAUGGGUCUGCAUGUCAAAGUGUGCCGUCACCGGGUCCGAACACCUAAAAGCACAGCGUGAACUCGGUUUCCAUCCAUACGUCCCUGUCAGGAGCAGGGCUGCACCCCUGCGUUCCACACUGCCCCAUCUGCUAGGCUCCUCAGCACCAGUCGUACCCCCCACCCGCGGGUGCUGCUAUUUUUAAUGGACGGUACUGUUGAGUAAGUAGUCAACGGGGGUAGUCAAUUAGUGUUCUUCGCCCUUCAGAGUUCAAGAUGAAAACUGGUUAGGGGGGGGACGGGGGAGAGGGACAUGGGGGGGGGUCGGGGCGAGGUCUAUUUUUAGAGAUCUCGCGUUCUCUCUCGCACUCUAUCGUUCUCUCUUGCCCACAAUCGCUCUCUCUCGCUCUCUCUCGCUGUCACUCGCCCACUAUCAGUCUCUCUCGCUCUCUCUGG